CAGUACCCCCCACGUGUUAUUUGAUCACGUGGUAUAUGGCACUAACGUGACAAAUAUCGCAAAUGUGCUGGUACUGACAACGGCUACGAAAGGGUUGUUAAUGUUCUACAAUAUUCUAGUCCUGGUUAUUGGUGUGUUUGCGAACAUUGGUGUGCUUUAUCUUUCACUCCGACACAGAGCCCUCGACAUGGACAAAGUAACCCUGCUCUUCAUCGAGAACCUAGCAUUUGCAGACAUAAUAAUCUCCCUAUUCUUCUACACACCCAUGCUGGCCACUGUCCCCUCUGGUAUCUGGCUAUUCGGGGAGGCUGCUUGCUGGUUCACCGGCUUCUUCAGCUCACACAUUCCCUUUCUCGCGGAGAUCCUGAUCAUCGUGUCUAUAUCUGUUUACCGGCUGUGGGUACUGAAGAAACCCCCUGCUGCUAGGAAACGAAUCAAUCUACGGCAUGUCAAGAUAGUUAUUGGUUUCAUCUGGUUGAGCACUUUUGUUCCUGUUGUCUUCUGGAUAGGCUCAAAAGCGGAGUCGUUCUUCUUCACACGAGGUCUGAUAUGUUGGUCUUCAAACCACCUCCCCACAUCCACUACCUUCACGUCAACCAAGGUAUUCACUGUGUUCUACGUGGCUAUACCUAUGAUAACAGUCUUCAUAGCUAACAUUAAGAUAAUGUACACUAUCAUCCUUCAUACGCUGAAAGCAGGUCGCUCUAUCGUCCACCACCUCCGAACUCUCCUUACAGUAAACCUUAUCUGCUGGGCUCUCCUUAUCUCGUAUCUGCCUGUUUUCAUCCUUAUCAUCCUUAAAUCUACCGGAACUACUGUACCAAACUGGUUCACUCUCUUUCAGAUCUACGCGAAGAGUAUACAUGUGGUACUGAAUCCGUUUAUAUACGUAGCAACAAAUGCACGGUUCAGGAGGUAUGUGUCUCAACUAUUUGUUACGGAGAGGUAUUUGUUGACCGCUUCCAGUCCCAGGACUCCGGGAAGGGACCCAGUCAGUCCUAGCUUCGAGGAGGAAAACGGGAUUGAGAUGACAAUUUGGAGGAUUACUUGAGGUUUUGGGACAUUCAGAUUUGGUGAGGUUCAGUGGAGAGACGGGUUAUGCAAUACUGACGCUAAUUUUAUUCUGACACAAUAAUUAAAUC